AUGGCCUGCCCCAUCAUCCAACGAGUGGAUCACUCCACUCGACUGGAAAUCAGGGAUCCCUUCAAUCCCAAUGACAAUUGGAAUGAAAUCUCUGGAAUUGCCGUCUCGCCCACUCAAACAGGACCUAGCGGUGCGCCAGUCAUCUUUGGACACAACGAUGGUCCGAGUAGCAAAAUGGUUUUUGCGGCUUGGGAUUCUGGAACUGGACAACGACUCAAGACGAUCAAUCUAGAAUCGAAUUCACGUUUGCCCCUCUUUCAUCAAGAUUGGGAAGACAUGACGAUUGGACCAUGCGGCCCAAACACCAACGAAUCUUGCCUUUAUCUCGCCGACACUGGCGAUAAUCGAGCGCAGGUUUCGGGCUCCAACACGCAACGAAACGGACGACCGUAUACUAUCUAUAAGAUUCGAGAACCGCAACUGCACAAGAUUUCGGAUAAUGUGGUUCUUAGAGCGCAAGACAAUGUCAGCGUGCUUCAAUUUGAUUAUCGGCACUCUUCUUCGCCUUCGCGAUAUGCCAAUUGCGAGGCCAUGUUUGUGGACCAUGCUGGUUGGGGCGGUGAAGUGGGAGACUUGUAUUUGGUAACAAAGUGGAAUCAAGACGUGAGUCGAACCUACAAUCGUCUCUUCAAGAUACCCGCAUCCGCUUGGCCCAGUGGCUUUGGACACGUACGAGGCUACCAACCAUUUGUCGUGGGAGAAUACAGUGGCAAUGCCCGAGGAAGCUUUUAUCGAUACGAGUGGACGGGUGCCGACAUGUCACGAGAUGGCACCACGAUUGCCCUGACAUGGACGGAUGAGACUCAUGUCUUUCAACGAUGUCCGGGAGAGUCGGUGGGUGACGCGGUAGCGAGACGGGAGGUAUACUCCUGUGUCCAGUAUCGAAACCCAACGGCCGGUGCCAAUCCAGGGAAUCAAUACGAAGCAGUUGCGUUCAGCCCGAAUGGAAACCGCAUGUUCAAUUUGGCCGAGUCCUUGGAUCCACCCAAAAUCAUACACGUCGAUUUGGAAUACCCGAGCAACAAUGGUCGAAGUCAACGGUGUGCCCCCCGUUCCACGCCAAGGCCCACCAAACCACCCACGAGACCACCAACAAGACUGCCAACCCCACCACCCACCAGAGAACCCACACGUCCACCCACACCACCACCGACGAGACCACCCACACUUCCACCUACGCCACCGCCGACCAGAGAACCCACUCCUCGACCCACGCCGGUACCUUCCUCCCUACCUUCGGAAGGUCCAAGUUGGAAUCCCUCCGACCUUCCCUCCCUUAGUCCAUCGGACGUUCCAAGUGACAUGCCUUCCAUGGUUCCCAGUGAUAUCCCGUCUAUGGUCCCCAGUGACGUACCAUCGAUGCGACCUUCGAGACAACUCGAUUUUGAAACUUCCUUUCAACUUCCAGAAAGAAAUCGGGAGGAGGUAUCCAGAGGGUUUGGAACAGGACCUGAUGUGCAACUGAUCAUGAUGUUGGCUCUCAUUGUCAUGCUAGUAUUGUUACGAUGA